UCCGAGGACAAACUUAAGAAGGGAACCUGGACUAGUCAAGAAGAAGAAAUUCUUUUGGAGGCUGUUCGAGACCUUUCAAGCGAAAAUUGGCAUGCUGUUGCUAUGAAAGUACCUGGGCGAAAUGCUAAGCAGUGUAUGCAGAAAUGGCAGACAGAUUUGGAUCCACGCAUUAAUCGACAACCGUGGACAGCUGAAGAGGAUGAGAAGCUUGUGGAGGCUUAUCACACAUUUGGAAACUCAUGGCAGCAAAUCGCAAAGAUGGUUGAAACCAGAACU